AGGCAGGUUGAGAGCAGCAGAGGCACAGAGUCCAGCCUUGGUCCCCAGGCAGCCAGCUCGCCCGCCGCCCGUCUCUCUGUCCCCAGAGCCAUGGAGAGAGCCAGUCUGAUCCAGAAGGCCAAGCUGGCCGAGCAGGCUGAGCGCUACGAGGACAUGGCGGCCUUCAUGAAGGGCGCGGUGGAAAAGGGCGAGGAGCUCUCCUGUGAAGAGCGAAACCUGCUCUCGGUGGCCUACAAGAACGUGGUGGGCGGCCAGAGGGCGGCCUGGAGGGUCCUGUCCAGCAUCGAGCAGAAGAGCACGGAGGAGGGCUCGGAAGAGAAGGGCCCGGAGGUGCGCGAGUACCGGGAGAAGGUGGAGAAGGAGCUCCGCGGCGUGUGCGACACGGUGCUGGGGCUGCUGGACUCCCACCUCAUCAAGGAGGCAGGCGAGGCCGAGAGCCGCGUCUUCUACCUGAAGAUGAAGGGCGACUACUACCGCUACCUGGCCGAGGUGGCCACCGGCGACGACAAGAAGCGCAUCAUCGACUCGGCCCGCUCCGCCUACCAGGAGGCCAUGGACAUCAGCAAGAAGGAGAUGCCGCCCACCAACCCCAUCCGCCUGGGCCUGGCCCUGAACUUCUCUGUCUUCCACUACGAGAUCGCCAACAGCCCCGAGGAGGCCAUCACGCUGGCCAAGACCACUUUCGACGAGGCCAUGGCGGACCUGCACACCCUCAGCGAGGACUCCUACAAGGACAGCACCCUCAUCAUGCAGCUGCUGCGAGACAACCUGACGCUCUGGACAGCCGACAACGCCGGCGAAGAGGGCGUGGAGGCUCCCGAGGAGCCCCAGAGCUGA